CACUGCUUUUCUCCUUUCCCAGACGGCGCGACAUGGGCCGGGUGAUUCGUGGUCAGAGGAAGGGUGCGGGCUCCGUCUUCCGAGCUCAUGUGAAGCACCGAAAAGGGGCCGCCAAGCUUCGGGCCGUAGACUUCGCGGAGAGGCAUGGCUACAUUAAGGGUAUUGUAAAGGACAUAAUCCAUGAUCCAGGUCGAGGGGCUCCUCUUGCAAAAGUAGCUUUCCGGGAUCCCUACCGAUUUAAAAAGAGGACAGAGUUGUUCAUUGCUGCUGAAGGCAUUCAUACUGGCCAGUUUGUGUACUGUGGUAAGAAAGCUCAACUCAACAUUGGCAAUGUCCUCCCAGUUGGCACUAUGCCUGAAGGAACUAUUGUGUGCUGUCUUGAGGAAAAGCCUGGUGACCGGGGUAAGCUUGCCCGUGCAUCUGGAAACUAUGCCACAGUUAUUUCCCACAAUCCAGAAACUAAGAAAACACGUGUGAAGCUGCCUUCAGGCUCCAAGAAAGUAAUCUCCUCUGCAAACAGAGCUAUAGUUGGUGUUGUUGCUGGUGGAGGUCGUAUUGAUAAACCCAUACUUAAAGCAGGCCGAGCCUACCACAAAUAUAAGGCUAAGAGAAACUGCUGGCCUCGUGUCCGGGGUGUGGCCAUGAAUCCUGUGGAACAUCCCUUCGGAGGUGGUAAUCACCAGCAUAUUGGAAAACCAUCCACCAUUCGAAGAGAUGCCCCAGCUGGACGAAAGGUCGGUCUCAUCGCUGCCCGGCGUACUGGUCGACUCCGGGGUACCAAGACUGUACAGGAGAAGGAGAACUAAAGUACAGAAUCCUGACAAUAAAAAUUAUUUUGGAAA